GAGUCCUUCUGAAUGGACAUUUUGGACACAUUUUAUGUAACUGUGCAUUACAACCCAACGCGAGUGGGUUUAUUUUUCGCGGGAGCAUAAGCGUGUGUGGAGUAACGCCUACUGUCACGGAUAUCUGGCCGAGAGGCUGACACUGACAGACGGCAGAGAGCAGCCUGCUUUACUCGGCACCGGGAGCCACCAACCCGGCCGGUGGGGACCGGUGGGGUCGGCUAGCUGGAAGGCUAGCUAACUGGCAUUAGCCGAGGAGAUCCUCUCUUACCAUCAUCAUCACACACUUCGCUACGUUGACGCCAACUUAACAGGCCUGAAGAUGGACUGAAACAUGAAGGGUGGAACUGUCCAAUCACCCACAUAAGAGCGUGUCUCUCUUAGGUUGUGCUCUGCAGCUUCACUCUGUGACUGAGCUGGGAGACAGACAGGAAGAUGCCUCCCAGGCCGUCGUCAGGGGAGCUAUGGGGCAUCCACUUGAUGCCUCCCAGGAUCCUGGUGGACUGCCUGCUGCCCAAUGGGAUGAUUCUGACCCUGGAGUGUCUCCGUGAGGCCACGCUCAUCACCAUCAAACAUGAGCUGUUCAAAGAGGCUAGGAAAUAUCCUCUUCAUCACCUCCUGCAGGAGGAGACCUCCUACAUCUUUGUUAGUGUAACACAAGAAGCAGAGCGGGAGGAAUUCUAUGACGAGACCCGGAGGUUAUGUGAUCUUCGACUCUUCCAGCCCUUCCUCAAGGUCAUUGAACCAGUUGGCAAUAGAGAGGAAAAGAUCCUCAACAGAGAGAUUGGUUUUGCCAUUGGUAUGCCUGUGUGUGAGUUUGACCUUGUGAAGGACCCGGAGGUUCAGGACUUCAGGAGAAACAUCCUGAAUGUUUGUAAAGACUCUGUGGAGUUGAGAGACGCCAGCGGGCCCCACAGUAGAGCGCUCUAUGUUUACCCUCCAAAUAUAGAAUCCACACAGGAACUUCCAAAACACAUCUAUAGCAAGCUGGACAAAGGUCAGAUUAUCGUUGUGAUUUGGGUGAUUGUUUCUCCAAAUAAUGACAAACAAAAGUAUACACUGAAGAUCAACCACGACUGUGUGCCUGAACAGGUGAUUGCAGAGGCCAUUCGUAAGAAGACACGCAGCAUGCUGCUGUCCCCAGAGCAGCUGAAGAUGUGUGUGCAGGAAUAUCAGGGUAAAUACAUCCUCAAAGUUUGUGGCUGUGAUGAGUACCUGCUGGAAAAGUACCCCAUCAGCCAGUAUAAGUAUAUCCGAAGUUGCAUCAUGCUGGGCAGGCUGCCUAACCUGAUGCUAAUGGCCAAAGACAGCUUAUACACUCAGCUGCCUACAGACAACUUCGUCAUGCCGUCGUACUCUCGACGUAUCUCCACGGCAACAUCCUAUAUGAAUGGCGAGGCAACUGCCAAGUCGCUGUGGACCAUCAACGGGACCCUGCGGAUACGAAUCCUGUGUGCCACCUAUGUUAAUGUCAACAUACGGGACAUAGACAAGAUAUAUGUGAGAACAGGCAUUUACCAUGGAGGUGAACAGAUGUGUGACAAUGUCAACACGCAGAGAGUACCGUGUUCUAACCCGAGGUGGAAUGAAUGGCUCACCUAUGAUAUGUACAUCCCUGACAUACCUCGUGCCGCCAGACUCUGCCUCUCCAUCUGCUCCGUGAAAGGCAGGAAGGGAGCCAAGGAGGAGCACUGUCCACUAGCUUGGGGUAAUAUCAACAUGUUUGACUACACUCACACUCUGGUGGCCAACAAGAUGGCUCUGAACCUGUGGCCUGUCCCUCACGGCCUUGAAGACCUCCUCAACCCCAUCGGAGUCACUGGAUCCAACCCUAAUAAGGAAACCCCAUGCCUGGAGCUGGAGUUUGACCACUUUAGUAGUUUGGUCAAAUACCCAGAAAUGAAUGCAGUAGAGGAUCAUGCAAACUGGACCAUCUCAAGGGAACUGGGGUUCAACUACAACCUUUCUGGACAGAGCAACCGGUCAGCCAGAGAUCACGCCCUGACGGAGAGCGACACUGAGCAGAUGAGACAGCUGAGUAACAGAGACCCUCUCUCAGAAAUCACUGAGCAGGAGAAAGACUUCCUCUGGAGACACAGACACUACUGCAUGAACAUCCCUGAGAUCCUUCCCAAGAUCCUGCUCGCUGUCAAAUGGAACUCCAGAGAUGAAGUAGCACAGAUGUACUGUCUGUUAAAGGAAUGGCCGUCCACCCGUCCUGAGCAGGCCAUGGAGCUGUUGGACUGCAACUAUCCAGACCCUAUGGUCCGACACUUUGCUGUACGCUGCCUCGACAAAUACCUGACCGACGACAAACUGUCCCAGUACCUCAUCCAACUUGUACAGGUAUUAAAAUAUGAGCAGUAUCUUGACAAUCCCCUGGCCCGUUUCCUCCUCAAAAAGGCCCUGACCAAUCAAAGGAUAGGUCAUUUCUUCUUCUGGCAUCUCAAGUCAGAAAUGCACAACAAAACUGUGAGCCAGAGGUUUGGGCUGCUGCUGGAGGCGUACUGCCGGGCGUGCGGUAUGUACCUCAAACACCUGAGCAGGCAAGUGGAGGCCAUGGAGAAGCUCAUUAACCUCACUGACAUCCUUAAACAGGAGAAGAAGGAUGAGACGCAGAAGGUCCAGAUGCGGUUCCUUGUGGACCAGAUGAAGAGACCGGACUACAUGGAUGCUCUGCAGAACUACACCUCUCCUCUCAACCCUGCACACCAACUGGGAAACCUGAGGUUGGAUGAAUGCAGGAUCAUGUCGUCAGCGAAGAGACCGUUGUGGCUGAACUGGGAGAAUCCUGACAUCAUGUCUGAGCUGCUCUUUCAGAACAAUGAGAUCAUCUUCAAAAAUGGAGACGACCUGCGGCAGGAUAUGCUGACGUUGCAGAUUAUAAAAAUCAUGGAGAAUAUUUGGCAGAAUCAAGGGCUGGACCUACGGAUGCUUCCGUACGGCUGUCUGUCGUUAGGAGACUGUGUGGGGCUCAUUGAGGUGGUUCGCAGCUCCCACACCAUCAUGCAGAUUCAGUGUAAAGGAGGCUUGAAAGGAGCCCUGCAGUUCAACUCGAACACUCUGCAUCAGUGGCUCAAGGACAAGAACAAGGCGAGAUGUGAGUAUGACAUGGCUGUGGAUCUCUUCACGAGGUCCUGUGCUGGCUACUGUGUAGCUACAUUUAUCCUCGGGAUAGGAGAUAGACACAACAGCAACAUUAUGGUCAAAGAUGAUGGACAGUUGUUUCACAUAGAUUUUGGCCAUUUCCUUGAUCAUAAGAAGAAGAAAUUUGGCUACAAGAGAGAGCGUGUGCCCUUUGUACUGACACAAGACUUCCUCAUCGUCAUCAGCAAGGGAUCCCAAGAGUGUGCAAAGACCAAAGAGUUUGAGAGGUUCCAGGAGAUGUGUUACAAAGCCUACCUGGCCAUCCGGCAGCAUGCUAACCUCUUCAUCAACCUGUUCUCCAUGAUGCUGGGCUCCGGCAUGCCUGAGCUGCAGUCAUUUGAUGACAUCGCCUACAUCAGGAAGACACUGGCCUUGGAGAAAAGUGAACAGGAGGCGCUGGACUACUUUAUGAAACAGAUGAACGAUGCUCACCAUGGAGGUUGGACCACCAAGAUGGACUGGAUAUUCCACACAAUUAGACAGCAUGCACUAAACUGAUCUCCUGCACACAAACCAAACACCAAUCCCGCUGUGAAGUAACAGCUCAGUGAUGAAGGAGGUUUACACCCAUACCAUUUCAGUUUAACUAAACAAGGAUCCUGGGGUUUUUUGGGCCAUAAUCAUAUGCUUUCUUCUCAACAAUCGGCUCUACAAGAGAUCGUGUUUCCAUGUCCUUGUGAAGAUCUCCCCUUCCUGGCCAAUGCUUCCUCUUUUUUUUCACAAAAGGAACCACCUGGGAAGGUAAGAAAAUGUUACCUCUCACCCUGCUCCUCCUGCUGGGAAAACACAAAUUGGAUAAAACAGCUUAAAGAAAAAGUAUCGUCCAAUCAUAUGUAGCCACAAAGUAAAUCGACCUUGCUGCCCUUCUGCGUUAGCUCUGCACUGUGGCUCCAUCCAAGAAAAGAGAUGCUUGUAUCGCUGCUGAGAAGGCACAAAAUAACUUAUCUUACCUAAUAUUGUUGCACAAAUGUGUUGCACUCAAAAUGAAUGAAGUAUGGGAGCGUCUGCUAUGACUACCACUGUUCAGUUGCCCUCCUGAGCUGAUAUGGGGUCAGCUUUGCGACCUUUCUGUGAAAAAAAACUGCAUAAGAGCCUGUUGGUUGAUUUGCACAGCUCUAAAGACUCCUUCGGCCUCAAAGAAAAAGCACUCCACCCUUGGGAAUAUAUGUCGGUGGUGCUGCUCAGGAACUUCCGGGUGAUGAUGCCUCUCCAUCAAAAAACAGCACUUAAAAAAUAGGAGAAUACUAUACAGGUUUAUUAUGACUUUUUUUAUUUAUUUAUUGUAUCUAGUUUAUUCUGUUUUUACACAGGCAACUCUCCAGAAACACACUUGUUUGUGUAAAUAUAUGUAGAGUAGUAGUAGUGUGCUUCCUUUAUCUGUACCAUGAGUUCUGCAAAUGAAGACUACUGAUGCCCCUUUUUUUGCCUCCUGCAUUUCUAAGUUAAACAUCACUUUGUUAGCAAUGCUAGUUUGCAGCCCUGCUUGGAGUUUGUGAUAAUGAAUUUGUUUGGGAAAGCACAUUUGGUAAUGAAUGAAAGUGCCAGUCUCACAUUUUGAGUAAUGAGAUCUAUUUUAAGCCUCUGGCUGUAUAUUUUGUUGGCGAGCAGAAGCCCAGGGGAACGUCACGUCUUCCUGAUGAUGAAAUGCCUUGGCGUCACAGAACCUGAUGCACAUUGCUAAGCCUGACAGGCUAAUCAUUUGUGGUAAACAAACCAUGAACGCACUAUUAACAUGAAAAGCUUGGUUUGACCUUCAUUGUUUUUUUUCAUUUUAUUAUUUCUAGCUAUGUGAGAUUGAUGGUUUAAUCUUUUAAAUGUCAACUGAUGGAGAAAGUGUGUUUAACUUGUGUGUCAUAUAUUUGGAUUGUAAUAAUCAUGGCCAAGCUCUCCAAAUCCUUGCUCUUUAUUUUCAAAACGUACAUUUUUACAUAUCCUUUCCUACAGAAACAUAUGAGCAUGUGGUUUUUCAUUAUUUUAAAGUCAAAAUGAAAUAGCCUUUACAAAUGUAAUUGGAUCGCUCCAUAGUAACCAGACAGAGUGAUCUAUAGCUGUAGAGGAAGCAUAGUCUGCGCCCACACCUCCCUCAGCUGGUGUCUCUUAAGGCAGAGGAUAAGGGAAAAUUAAUUAAUUAGACGUCAGCUACAUUCUUUGGACAUGUCAAUAUAGUUUCGGCCUACUGAUAUCAACAUACUUUUUCAUCUGGAAGCUCAAUUAAAGACAGUCAAGUUUUGUAGUGAUCGUCACAAUCACAUUUCAAGUUAAAAAGAUAGAAUAACAGAGGCGCAGGAUAACAUAUUUAAAUGAUAAAUGUUUCAAAGUCACCUUGUCUUUUGAGAUUGGUUUUAGGUAUAUAAUGUGUUUUUUAACGAUAACGAAAACGAAAACCCUGAUUGACAGUAAGCGGAAAGGCUUGGCCAGUUGAGAACAAAUGAUGAGCUUUGUUGAAGAGAGAAUGUAUUGUUUAACAAAGAUAGCUCAGAGCAGCAUCAUGAGCCACUGACACCUCCACUGUACCUAGAAAGAUAUUUGGAUGUGCUCAUACCUAAAUGAUCAUCUACUGUUUGAAAGUUGAUCUGCCAGUGAAAAGGGAAGUAUGCACUUUUCUCAACUGUUGAUUGUAUGGAAAAUCCAAAAUGGGUUGUGUGUUGUCAUGCUACUGCAACAUUAGUGGCUAGAAUGUAUUGAAUUGCUAAAAUACGUGCACUCUUUUUCAGUUUUUUGCACUCAUCAUGUAUGGUUUCUCUCUAAAGUGUCAAAUGCAGUGCCACUUAACAUACAAAAGCUGACCCGCAGAGAGCUCUUCUCUUCUUUCUCUCAAUGUGCCAAACACAGGCAUCACUGAGGCCUGUGAAAGAUAAUGCUGGAAUUAAGUAGACAUAUCAGUUUAUCUUUAAAAAAAAAAGAGGUUGGUGUAUGCACCUUAAAAUAGCCUUUUUGUCCAAAAGGACGUUAGCCUAGUAUGCAUGUCGGGAUAACCAGUUUGUAAAUGUUGAGGCAUCAUUAGCUGUAUGUAUGUAGAGUUGCAGUCAAACUGCUUUUUUUGUAUCCUGGGCUUCAUCUCUGACAACCUGCAGUGUUACUAUCAUUAAUAUCUCUUCCCAUGUAUCCUCCAAAUUGACUGUGUGUUUGUGUGAUUCAUUGUCUUUCUGUGCAGGAUGCAGAGCUUCAUUGGCAGGCUCCAAUGAGAACCCACACUGUGUGUAUAUAGCUUACAUGUGUGAGACACUAAACACUUUUUGCAUUGUUUGUAAGGAAGCAUACAUACAAACAUACAUGACUUGUACACGUUUUACUUGAAAUAUUGCAAAUCAGAACCCGAGCUGUAUUUUGUUGGUUUGAAGUUGAGGCUGGGGGUUGUGCGGUGGCUAUUUAGUAGUGUGUGUGUGUGUGUGUGUGUGUGUGUGUGUGUGUGUGUGUGUGUGUGUGUGUGUGUGUGUGUGUGUGUGUGUGCGUGUGCGUAUGUUAAAGCAUUGCGUACAGUCUGUUUGAUAAUCUGGUUAUUGAUGCCACGGUUGUCCAUGAGUGAAGACACAAAUACUUCUUGAAAUGAUGAAUGUUCUAGAGUCACCAGGCACAAAGAUAUAUUUAUUAUUCUUUCAUUAUCCUGAGCCUCAAACUCGUGAAAAUUACGUCCAGCAGCUAGGUGAUAGUUCUCACAUGAUUAUUUGUCUGCUUUUCCCCAACUGUGGCACUGAAUUUGUACAGGGUAUCUGCAAAAUGAUUGCACUUGUUAUCCAUCUGUAUGUGAGGCUGUGGUGGCACACUUUUGCUCCUUCAUCCCCUGCUGUUUUCAGUUUGAACCCGUAUGUGUGCAGAGAUUUUGUGAAGUUUAACAGAGGAGGGAGGGAGGGAGAUCCUAUUUUCAUUCAUCUUUAGUUUGCCCCUGCUUAUACAAUCACAAGAUUUUAGCUAUGAUUUAAAGAAAAACAGUAGACAUAAUAACAAACACACAGGAAAUAAAACUGCAAUUCAAUGCAAUAUCCAUGCAGUGAUUUUCUCUGGAAACCUAUUCUUGUUUUUUUUAUGAUAUUUAUGAUACUAGGUGUUCAUGCUAGUGUGUCCACCACCUGUGUGAACUGUAUUUUUUGUUGUAAAGCAGUUAAAAAGCCACAGUAACUGCUUUCGUUUUUAAUACAAAUUGUGUUGUUAGGAAGCUUUUGAAUCGGCUUUGAACAGAAUGAAUGUCCAGGGUUUUAAACUAUUGUACUUCAAAGAGUAAGUCUGACUAAUCAAUAAGAUUAUUGAUCUUUAGUGAUUAUUGUUUUGGCUUUAGAAGCGUCCUAAAUAUUAAAGGGAAAUAUAUUGACUAAAUUGUCUGUGGCUUAAUGUUCAGUUCUGUCUGCAGUGCUCUAAACUACGUUAUAGUGUGUCUACUAUAUUUCCUCAACAUACCGUGCUGUCAGAACCUUAAUCUAUACUAUGAAUGAAUGUACAUCGAGCCAUUGUUUCCCACAGCCUACCUGCAUGAGCUUGGGUAAAGAGGAAUAUUCUUGUUCUUCAUUGUUUCUGUUUUUAUAUUCAGUCAUCUAAGCAGCCAUACACAUCUUUAGAAAUGAAUGCCUUACUCCUAUAGGAACUUUUUCUUCGUCACACUAACCUUCAUUUUUUAAAUUCUUGCAUUUGUGCUUUAUUUCGGCUCGCAGGGUAAAGAUUUGUACCCUGACCAACUGACUGGUCAUCUGAGUGUUUGUGAAGAUGUACAAAUAAAUUUGUUAAACAUUCA